AUGGAGUACGCAAACUGGGGUUUCACUCAAGAAGACUGUCUGCCUUGGCUAGAGGCGAUAGACACACACUGCCCUCUGGUGUGUGGGGACUGUCGGGAACUUGGCCUGCGCUUGCGGCAGGAGUGCCGAUUCCAGCUUCAGGUCCUAAAUGAGCCAGCCACUGCAACGAUAUGGUGCAAUGAAACCGCCAACGACUUUAUGAACAACCGAUGUCGGCCUGCAUGUGAGGUCAACGAAACCAUGUGUGCCUCAGACGAGGCGCGCGAGUGCAUGCGAACGUGCGGCAACUAUAACACCUGCACGUGCCGAAAGGUCAAAGGCAGCCAACUACCCUCGUUUUGCGACGGUUUUACUUUCAGCGAUGGCGUAGUCAACAGGAGGGACGAUCUGUUCUAUGACUGUGCCCUGACGCCACCAUCAUGCAAGCACACGGAUGGUGUGACCUGCAAUACCUAUCGAUAUUGCACUCCCGACCUUUGCCUGAUUGAUGAUGUGGACUGCUCACCGCGGCGUCAGUGCGAGGCACCUGGCCGAUGUGACUCCGAGAAGGGCUUGUGCUUCUACGAGAACCAAGUGAACGGCUACCCUUGUGACGACAAUACCUUCUAUACCCUCAAUGACUCGUGCCAGAACGGCUUUUGCGAGGGCAUCGCGGACUUUUGUUUGAGGUACAACGUAUCAUGUGAUCCACUGAGUUCGUGCUUGUCUGGCGGCGAGUGUCAUCCCUCUACCGGCCGCUGCACGUAUGACAAGUUGCCGGACGAAACGCCUUGUGACGACGGGAGGCAGUUUACUGUUCAGGACAUGUGCCAGAAUGGCCUAUGUGUAGGCCGUCCACAAGAUCUUUGCGAGCAGCGCGGUGUGGUGUGUGAGGCGCCGAACUGGUGCUACGAUCCAGGCAGAUGUGAUCCGAAGACCGGGCUGUGCAGUGAACCAACACUGGCUCCUGGAUAUCGACCGUGCAAUGAUCAAGACCCCACCACAAGCGAUGACUCGUGCAUUGAAGGAGUUUGCAUGGGCCAUCUGGCCGAUGGUUACGAGUAUCAGACCAUAGGAGCCGGCGAAUGCGUUGAUCGUGAAAAUCGGCGCAUGGCCCGUUAUGCGGGAGAUGUCAAGGAUCAGCGGGAAUGUGAGAGAAUCUGCACAGGCGAUCCACAGUGCGCUGGAUACGCGUACAACUUUCCGUUGUGUAGCAUCUACGGCACGGUGCGCACGAAAAUUCCGAUGGAGAUGCCGACGUGGUCUUUCCAGGCGGGCACGGACCCCUUGGGUGUCAUUAUCGAAGCCUCGCAGGUGAUGACAGACGUGCAGAGACGCUCGAUCUGCCGAAGGAAAGGAGUGGUGCCCGAUCGGAUUGUGUCGCCUUCUGACGUCGAGGUGUCAGCGGACGAGUUCUUUUCACCUGUGAGGAUCGGAAUCUUCUUCCUGGUGCUCUUGGGCUGCUUCUUUGCCUUGCCGCUGACGGACUACAUCUCCAGGCUUCUGAAAUGCAGGAAGGAUCCCCUGGAGGAGAUUGCUUCGCAGGUCGCCCAGGAUCCGGCGCAGUAUGAUGAGAGUCCCCACAUUGAGCAACAGGAGGAGUAUCCGGGAUUGGAGGGCCUUCGAGACGCAGCCAACGCCGACGAUCCCGUUCUGCCGAACGAGGCGCUUGACUUUCUGUAA